AUGAUUGUUGUGGGUGCAUUGAAGGCGAAUGAAUGUCAAGCACAGCCCUAUAUACCAAUAUGGUUGAUCACAACUGGUGCCAUAUUCAUUCUGAGGUAUCUGGUUGAUGUUGGCAUAAGAUUAGCAAGGGCAUUUUUGAAAUCGGAUGAACCUGGUGAAGAGGACUAUAUGAAUCCAGUUGAUUGGCUGUUCAGCGGUAUUUUUGCUAUCACACUCUGUGUUGGUACUUAUUGGGUGUUUUCAAUAGUGGGUGAUGUGCAGCAUACGAUGCCAGAAUACAGUGACUAUUGCGAUAAUGUGGCUUACGGAAUGUCAUUCAUAGUUGUUUGUGUAUUUUGUUCAGCGGUUGCACUGUUUAUCUUAACGUAUUGUUGCUGUUGCUCGUAUGUUUCGUGCAAGAGGCGAUGUUGUCCUUGUUGA